UGAAUUUAGAUACAGAAACAUGGCGGAUUUAGUGGCUCUUUUCACCUCAAUUGGGCUCAGUGAGCAGAAAGCAAAUGAAACGUUAAAAAAUGAGCAGCUUAGUUCAGCUCUCAAGGACGCUAUUACUCAGGCACAGAAGCUGUUGGGAUCCAAAAAUGUUGACAAAACUAUGGGGACCUUACUCUACAGCAUGGUGUCUAGACUUCGAGACCUCAACCAUCUGGCUUUCUUUACAGAUUACAUAGUCAAACGCAAGAUCACCACCGAUCUGCAGUUGUCCGCUGCAUUAGACUAUGUAAAGGGUCAUCCUCAGGGUCCUCUGGAUGUGAAGGCUUUUGAGACUGCCUGUGGGGUGGGUGUGAUUGUCGGUCCAGAGCAGAUCGAGGAUGCGGUUGAGCUGAUCAUCAGGAAACACAAACAGCAAUUGCUGGUGGAGCGAUACCGCUUCAACAUGGGGCUCCUUAUGGGUGAAGCCAGAGCUGCUUUAAAGUGGGCUGAUGGGAAAAUUCUAAAGAAUGAAGUAGACAUGCAGGUGUUGCACCUCUUGGGACCUAAAACUGAAGCAGAUCUGGAGAAAAAACCCAAGGCAGCUAAACCCAAACCAGUGGAGAACAACAAGAAGGAAGAAAAGAAAGAUACUGUGAACGGAGAAGUCAAACAAGAGGUGAAGUCUCUGAUGGAGCAGCUGAGAGGAGAAGCGCUUAAGUUCCAUAAGCCAGGUGAGAAUUACAAGACGGAAGGUUAUGUCGUGACACCAAACACCAUGAGGCUGCUGAAGGAGCACCUGGAGAUCACUGGUGGACAGGUUCGGUCUCGAUUUCCUCCUGAACCUAACGGCAUCCUGCACAUCGGCCAUGCCAAGGCGAUUAACUUCAACUUUGGUUAUGCUAAGGCCAAUAAUGGGAUCUGCUUCCUACGCUAUGACGACACAAACCCAGAGAAGGAGGAAGAGAAAUAUUUUACUGGCAUCAAAGACAUGGUGGAGUGGCUGGGCUAUGAGCCAUAUGCCAUCACUCAUGCCUCAGACAACUUUGGGCAGCUGUAUGAACUCGCUGUUGAACUCAUACGCAGGGGUCAUGCAUACGUGUGCCACCAGCGCGGUGAGGAGCUAAAAGGCCACAACGUGCCACCCUCACCCUGGAGGGAUCGACCGGUUGAAGAGUCGCUCGUGCUCUUCGAGAGGAUGAAGAAAGGCAUGUUUGCUGAGGGUGACGCCACUCUUCGCAUGAAAAUGGUCAUGGAGGACGGCAAGAUGGACCCCGUAGCUUACCGCAUUAAAUACACACCGCACCACAGAACAGGAGACACCUGGUGUAUAUACCCUACGUACGACUACACCCACUGCCUGUGUGACUCCAUCGAACACAUCACACACUCCCUGUGCACCAAAGAGUUUCAGGCCAGACGCUCAUCAUAUUUUUGGUUGUGCAAUGCUCUGGAUGUUUACUGCCCUGUGCAGUGGGAGUAUGGAAGACUCAACCUCACCUACACGGUCGUCUCCAAGAGGAAGAUUAUUAAGCUAGUGGAGACGGGCGUCGUCAGGGACUGGGAUGACCCCCGUCUCUUCACCCUCACAGCUCUCAGAAGGCGUGGCUUUCCUCCUCAAUCCAUCAACAACUUCUGUGCACGGGUGGGCGUGACUGUCUCCCAGACGACCAUGGAGCCCCACUUGCUGGAGGCCUGUGUCAGGGAUGUGCUUAAUGAAACAGCGCCGAGAGUUAUGGCUGUGCUAGAACCUCUAAAAGUGAUAAUCACCAACCUGCCCGCCAGUGCACAGACUGAGAUUCAUGUUCCCGACUUCCCUGCGGAUGAAAGCAAAGGUGGCCACGUUGUUCCCUUCACCAAAACCAUCUUCAUUGAACAAGGGGACUUCAGAGAGGUUAUGGAGAAGGGCUAUAAGCGUCUAACUCCCGAUCAGCCAGUUGGUUUGAGGCACGCGGGCUACGUCAUCUCUGUGCAGUGCGUCAUCAAGGAUGCUAGUGGUAAGGUGGUGGAGCUGGAGGUGAGCUGCACCAGCUCAGACUGUGCUGAAAAACCUAAAGCGUUUAUCCACUGGGUCAGCGAGCCCCUGAAGUGUGAAGUGCGCCUCUAUGAACGCCUCUUCAAGCACAAAAACCCAGAGGAUUCAUCUGAAGUUCCUGCUGGCUUCCUAAGUGACAUCAAUCCAAAUUCUCUCCAAGUGAUAAGUGCCUUAAUAGACCGUUCAGUGAGCAAGGCUAAAGUCUUUGAUAAGUUCCAGUUUGAGAGAGUGGGAUACUUCUCUGUGGAUCCAGAUAGCACAGCUGAUAAGCUGGUUUUCAACAGGACGGUUACACUGAAGGAAGACCCUGGCAAAAUCUGAUUGGUCAAGAUGAUCACAGCUGGACUCCCGUAGCCACCAAGCAAAGAGCAGCAGCUUUAUGAAUUGAAUAUGAUAUUGAUAUUGAUAAAAUGGAAUAUAAGAAGUAUAUAAGUCCAUCAUGUUUGUACUGUUUAAAAGAGUAAAGUCAGUGGGAACUGCAGGUCUUGUUUGGUUACCUACAUAUGCAAUGCUCUUGUUCUCAUGAGUUUGUAAGCUUCUUUCAUACUGCUGGAAUUUUGCCAUCGAAUUUGCCUUUAAAGACUUUUGAAAUAAAAAAAGCUCUUUUGAUUUA